AUGGACGGCGAGGGGGGUGGGACGACGGGGGGCUGGUGCUGCCCACCCAUCCAUCUCAUGCGGUCAGAGCCCAUGCAGCUGGUGCAGCUGAUCAUCCCCAUCGAAUCAGCCCACCUCACCCUCUCCUACGUCGGCGAACUCGGCCUCCUCCAGUUCAAAGACGUAAGGAUCUUUCAGGAAACACCCUUUCUCCCCCUACUUCAUCUGCGACUGCGAUCGGAAUGAUGGCCUGUGAUUUGGCUCCCCGAUUUUUUUCGGUUGUUCUAGAAUUUCGUGUUUUUCAUUUGAUUCGAUUUACCCAUCAUCAACCGUACCAUAUUUCCUAAUUGUUUCAGUUCUUCUCAUUGGUAUGAUCUUGAAUUGAUCGUCUCAACUAUACUCCAUUACUACAAAGGGCGAACCAUAUUUGUCCAUUCAAGGCCAACUUCUCUGAGUUUAGAAGACACGCGGGGAAACAUCAGCUCUUCUGUCUCAAGGCCGAACAGAAAAAUUAUAGGAAGGUAACUGGACAUAAUUGAGUAGAUGGAGAAGUUCUGAUCUUUCAGGUCAGUAAUGGGUUCUCUGACAAGAAGCUACGAUUGUGCCACUAACAGAGUACUGCAUAGUGACGGUGAAUCCGCCUGAAAGCACGUGGACUUGGACAGUAGUGAUGUUCGUGGUGUCUGUGAAGAUCAUGGUAUUUCGAAUUGAAUGGAAGAGAAAUUUGCACACUUUAUGGAUAAUUCUUUGAAAGCAGAAAUCUUUGUUACUGAAGAUGAGAAGAAUUGGAGAAAAGGUAUUUAUAUGUAUUUUUCAGUAGAGGGUCGAUGAGGUUCUUACUUCAUUAGAGUCACAAAAGAGAAUCCUGCUACCUGAAAGUGCUAUUUCCCAGGCUGGCUAGGUUUCCGUUACUCAAUUUAACGCAGCACAGUAAGAGUUACGUUGGUCAGAUUGGCAUGUGACCCACGUAACUAUUAUUUUUGGUAGAGGUGGGGGGGAGGAUGAACUAGUUCUUUGAAUCCGUUGCUUCCCAUACCACUGGUCUGAAGACAUUAUCAGAGGAGAACACUGCCAUGUAGUCAUACUUCUGUGAGAGAAACAUACUGGAAUCACUAUCCAGGUGAAGCGCUUGCCAGAUUGUUAGGUGUCAAGACUGGAUUUUUUGUUAUGUUUCAAUUCCUUGUCAAUGAAUGCGGCUCUGGAUAGCUUGAAUUGCGUUAAGGGCAUCUGAAUCAUUGAUAAUGUAUUUUGUUUUGGCUUCGGGGAAUUGGGAACUCCAAAGAAUAAAAAAGGAAGUCAACAAGGUUAUGACAAGAUUAUUUUAGGAAACGUUCGGUGAUCGCAUGACAGGCUUUCCAUCAGGAAUAUUAUCUGUUUUUUCUUAAGAUCAUUCUGGAUCUCUUUUUACACCUCUCAUUUUUUUCAAUUCCAUGUUUAUAUUCCCCUCCUUUACCAAGUAAUUGGGAAUCGAGUAUUUUUGUUUUCAAUAUUAUUUCCAGAUGGUCUUGUUAGAUUUUUUUGGGUUGCAGUCAUUGCUCCUGAUUAAUCAGUUUUGCUUGGCUACAUGAUAUAUAGGCUUCUGGUUCAGAAAACGUAGUUGAAUUUAUUGAUUUCUGCCUUUGAACGUUGUAUCAUGAGGUCACCAUGGUGUGCCCAGCCUUUGGAAUGUUGUGUUCUUGCCAUUUUGCAUUUAAUUCUGUAUUUUCCGUGUGGUAUUUGGGGUGUUUUGACUCAACAUAUCCUCAGGUUGGCUUUCUGAAGAAGAAGCACUUUCUCUUCUUAUUGAAAAUAAAGAUGUUGCUUUCCGAUGUGCUCUCCAACAAAAUGGAUGGGUAGCCAUCAAUAGAAUUCUCAUCUUUCAAAGAACCUUUCCGAAGAUAUAUAUAUAUAUAUAUAUAUAUAUAUAUAUAUGUAUUAUAUAGAUAAACAAAGAUGUUGCUUUCCGAUGUGCUCUCCAACAAAAUGGAUGGGUAGCCAUCAAUAAAAUUCUCAUCUUUCAAAGAACCUUUUGGAAGAUAUAUAUAUAUAUAUAUUAUAUAGAUAGAUAGAUAGAUAGAUAUAUAUAUUUGAUCAGUUGUUUAAUUUUUCACAAUUCUUGUUUAUCUUUGAGCUUACAAAACAACUUGACGUAUAGCUGGCAUUUAGUCAUUGUUUGGUCAUAUUUCAUUAUAUGGUUAUUUUAUUUUCCAUAUUUUAAACUCUAAAAUUAUUGGUUCGUCACUCAAAAGAAAGUGAUUCUGUCUAUUUUCUUUAUUCAUAUCUAGGUGAUUGUGUCUCAUGUAAGAUAUUUUGUUGUUCAGUGACGAUGUGAACUGAUAAGUGGUUCACAGGAACGUUAAUCUCAGUAUCCAAGGGUCAAGACGAGUGAUUUAAGUUGGCUAUUGUCCAAUAUUUUGCAUGAGCCUGUUGGUGGGCUUUUUGCGAGUUGUCCCCUUCUCGGUACAACUUUUGCACUUUCUGAUGGUUUAUUGCUUUGUUUUUCCUCAGCUUAAUAUCGAUAAGAGCCCAUUCCAGCGAACAUAUGCUUACCAGGUAAGUUUGUCCCCUGGCAUCCCUGUUACUUUCUGUACGCCUAUGGGCUCAAUUUACUAUUUCAGAAAUGCUCUUUUGGUGUCCUUUUUACAAAUUACAUUUGGACGUAUUUACCAGAAAAGGAAUGAAGCGACAAUAUAAAUAAUUUUGGAAUAUACCCUAUGAUUAUCCUAAUCCGCAACGGAUAGAUUAUCAUUUUCUUGGUCUUUGUUUCUCUGUUAUACCCAUGCAAUUAUCCAUAUAAUCUCAUAAAAACCUGAAGGAUGUACAGGUUUUUUAUCUUGAUAUCCUCCAUGGUAUCACAUAGAAGUACCUUCAGUUUUUACCGUGUGUUUUUAAUUAUAAUUAUACUUUUGUAGAUCAAAAGAUGUGGGGAAAUGGCACGCAAACUACGAUUCUUUAGGGAUCAGAUGUGGAAGGCCGGCAUUGUUCCAUCAGUUAUGCCUCUGAUGGAUGAAGUCAAUUUCGAUGACUUGGAGGUAUGACACAUGGUUCUGUAGUGCGAAAUUUAUUAUUACUAUUCUGUGUAUACGUCCAGUUCUGGUAUUUAUUAAAAUUAGUGCUAAUUAUGUAGGCUAAGCUGGGAGAACUUGAAGGUGAGCUGAUAGAAGUGAAUGCUAACAGUGAAAAAUUGCAGCGAACAUACAAUGAGCUUUUGGAAUAUAAGCUUGUUCUCCAGAAGGUGCAGUUGUAUUUUAUUUUGUCUUCUGCAACAUGCAAGUCAUUCAUAAAAUGUAGUUCAGAGUUUAAGGAUUUUUUCUGUCAGUGAAGCAUUGUUCGUGUGAACAGUGGGAGGUAGGGUGAAGUAGGUAUCUCGAGAUGAAAAGGCCAUUUCUUUAGAAAGAUUCGAAAACGGGUAGGUUUCUAUUCUUUGUAUGAUCAUUGGGUGAUUAUUAGUGGUGAUGACAUGUGGGGUUGGGGUGGGCCGUACGAAGCCGCGCCUGAUCCUGAGUAAUUUUUCUAGAGCCUGAAGAGUUGCUUGAGGGAUGGCCGUACGAGGCCAUGUCCAAUUCCCUACUUGUCUGGCGGGAGGUACUGGGAGGUGGAGGUGUCCCCCAUAAGACAUUGAGGAGUGUCUUACCAGGGCUCUGGGGGGCUCGUGGCUUUGGGGAAGGGCAGGGGUCACACGGGGUGGGAGGUAAGACGCAGGGGAAAGGAAGACUUUGGGUGGGUGUGGUGGGGGUUUUUAACUGGAUUGAGAAGAUAGAGGGGCGGUCCUUCUGGUGGAGCAAGGGAAAGCGGUGGGAUGGCGUGCGGUCCUGUGGGAGGAAGGAAUUUGCUGGGUGGUGGGAUAUUUGUGAAAGGAAGGGGUGGUUUAGAAAUCGAGCAUGUGUGUGCUAGGGAGAGAUAGGGAGUUCUCGUAUACGUAGAUUUCCUUUCAUAUUGGAUUAGGGACUAGUAUGUUAUGAUUUUUAGUCCAUUGUUUUCCCAUGUAGAAGUGAUUUCAAUGUGAAUUCCAUACGGUAUGAAAGCAUACAAUUGUUUCCGUCGUAGUGAGUUACUGAGCGUUAAAAGCUUUGCGUCUGUGGCCCAUUUUGUGGCGCUGUUGGAAAGGUUGUGUACGCAUAGGUUCGAAUGUGAAUUCUUGUCCUGUACUAUUUUCAGGCCGGUGAGUUCUUUUACUCUGCUCAAAGCGAUGCAACUGCCCAGCAGAGGGAAAUUGAAGCACGCAGUGUUGGCGAUGAAUCCAUUGAUAGGCCUCUACUCCUGGAGCAAGUAUGGUUGCGUGGAAUCUCCUAUUGAAUGUUAUUUGGGGCUUUUGACAAUUACUUUAUCCGAAAAUAACAGUAAGUUGCAUUUUUUUUCAGGAAAUCUCAACUGAUCUAUCGAAGCAAAUUAAGCUCGGGUUUGUCAGCGGGCUUGUGCCAAAAGAGAAAUCCAUGGCUUUUGAAAGGAUUCUAUUCCGUGCUACCAGGGGCAACAUGUUUCUGAAGCAGUCGUUGGUUGAAGAUCCGGUCACUGAUCCGGUGUCCGGGGAGAAGGUUAGAGUGGCACUCAUCUUUAAAGAAUUUCGUUGUAGAGGAUUAGUAAUGUGAUUUAGUAAAUUAAAAAGGCAGGGAACAUGAGUUGGUACCUAGAGCUGAGAUAAGUCUGAUCAAAGAGUGGGUAUGAAUCACAAUAUCGUUAUUGAGAGGAUCUCAGGGUUCGCGAUGUCCCCUUUUGAAUCACUAGAAGCAGAGUUUCAGUCUGUAAUAUCCACAUUCCAAGACUGGGAAGUUUUGACUGGAGUUGAUAUGUUUACUGUGGAUAACCCCCGUUUCCUGCAGGGGCGACCAUCAUUCCCCAAGGAUCAGCUUCUCCUAUAAUUCUUGGGUGGUUGUAUAAUCUCGUGCUGUGUUCACUUCUAUUCCUAGAAGGAAAUGCAUCAACUUCCUAUGUUUUUUUUUUUUCCCUCCCAGUAACAACGACGGUCUCUGUUUUAGCUCGAUUCUCUGUUGGAUCGACGACAGUAACUGGGUCUCCCCUUGAUUGAUACAUACACUGGAUCUGGGACAUUGUAGUCCUCUAAUGAAUCUAGAAAUCUGCCGAAAGUUGUACAGUGAUUUUUUUUUAUCGUGAAAUGUGAAGGAAUGCCCCCAAUCACGUGUUCUUUCCAUUGUUUUCUGUUAUAUGUGCGUCUGUGAUUUUAUGAAGGACGAGUAUCUGUAACUUUUCGUCAUCUGGCCCUGUACUGGUACUCCCCUUCUCCUACGUACUAGUUAUUGUUUGUCAAGAAUUUGUGUGGGUUGUUGUGCUAAAAAUCUUGCACAGUAUAGCAUCCUUCGGUUGUGCUCAAGCAGAAUAGUCCGAGCCUUGUAUAUGUUGUUGAUCCUUGGACAGAUGAAAAUUUAUGUUUUGGAAGAGGAACUGAAGUUUAUUUUUAAGGCUGAUUUACUUCUAUUGCAGUCAUCAAGCUUAAUUUAUUUGGUGUGGUUGUAGUGGGUCUCUGUUGUUCCAUAGUUUAAACAUGUUCAUAGGUUUCACUUGUGACACUGUGUGUGGUAAGAUAACUUUGGGGCUAGGGGAGGUAUGGGAACCAUGUUUCGGUCAGGCAAAUUUUGUAUAGGUUGGGUUCUGAGAGACUUCUCCCAUACUCUACUAUAUCUUCUAGUCUCCUUGUGGUAGUGGUUAUUUUAAACAAUACCAAAUGAGGGGUAAUGGAUUCCUUUUUUCUGGAAAGGAACAUUGCUGUGUUAUUUUGGGAUUAGUUGUAGACAUAUAAUUGAUUAUACAUCCAAACGGGGAGGGGAAAGGAAAGCUGCUGUGAAACCCAUGAAUAUUUGUGCAUUUAACUCAUGUUGGCAGAUGGGAGACUUUAAACUAUCAUUUGAUCAUAGCUGGUAGUCGAAGACUGAAUUGUGAUUGAAUCCCAUAACAUGUAGAAUGAUCAGUCAUAUGAGACUUGAAAGUUGUAAUAAUCGAUGCCAUUUAUGUGGGGAACGAUGAUUGCUUGCUAUGGAUAUUAUGGUGAGGUGGUGGUCCAUGGGCCACUUAUUUAGGAUAUCAGUACUUACCUGGAGUCUUGAACAAAACUUCGACGAGGUGCAGACCUAGUAAUGACGGCCUGGCACAACUAAAGACGAGGGGCAACAUGCGGCUAAUUGAGACUUCAUUUGGGUAGCUCUGCUCGACUAAGGAAUUGUACGGAGUCUAGAUUUUCUAUUAAGUUUUAUUUCGUUUUUAUCAUUAUUCAUGUAGGGUCGUAUAUUUCCAUGAUCUGGUGCAUACGUGUAUUCUUUUGGUUCCCUUUUGACCUGCAUAUGUCUUAGAGAGGGUAUUAUUUGAAAACUACUGUGGAGGAUUUUUUAGUCAACCGUUUCUUUACAUGCUCAUAUGUAUGAGCAUGGCAUUGACUGAUCUUAUAUUGUCAUGCAACAGGGUUUGAAAAAUGUAUUUGUCGUAUUUUAUUCUGGAGAAAGAGCGAAGACCAAAAUCCUUAAGAUCUGUGAAGCUUUUGGAGCCAAUCGCUAUCCAUUCACAGAGGACGUGAGCAAGCAAAGACAGAUGAUUGAGGAGGUUCGUACUGUUGCAACACUUGUUUGUAAAACGAAAGGAUUUACUUUGUAGGAUGGAAAAGCGAAGUCCUUGCAUUGGAUAACAGAGUUUCUCGGCGUGGUUUCCCAAUUAUGUUAUUUGUUUAUUUCUGGGCGAAGUCAUUGGAUUGGACACAAUAUUUUCUGUUGAGCGUGAUGUCAUGAGUCUAAGUUACAGCUUGAUUUUGAAAUCAUAUUUUUUUAAAUGCAGUCUUUGUCCAACAAUAUAAAAUACAUGAGAAUUCUUCUUCAUUUUCCUUGCCUAUUAACUGGAUCUUAACUAUCAGUGUUAGUUUAUGUUUUAGUGAUUCUUUAUUUAUUCGUAAAUAGUUUUUCUACGGAGACUUAAAAGAUUGCCUGAUGCGUGAUUUCAUUGAUGAAAAGAAACAGGUUUUCCCAAAUUCAUUAAACUUUCCCAAAGUUCAUAAACAAGUUUUUGGAAGGUUUGUAUGCAGAUUUCCCUGGAAGAAAGAAAGCAGAGCUUGCAGCAUUUUGUAGGGAAGAUUAUUCAUUACUUUGGUUUUUAAUAACGCUCAUCACUACUAAGGUGUGCCAUCACUUCAGAUCUCUUAGACAUAUCUCUAUCUCUCUCUCUCUCUCUCUAGAGGGUUUCAAGACAAAAACCAUGGACGAGUCGAAAGAGAUGAGGAAGGGGGAGGUACUGCAAAGAAGAAGGAAAGUAACGAAACCACAAAGAAAAUGAGGAUAAAGGGGUAAGAAAGUAGAUGAAAAAGGAAACCUCUAGGAGAAGAUGAUGUGAGAAGCACGUGGAAAUCUCUCUGGUGCUUUCAUCUCUGUAGAAGAGAAACUAGGAUAGUAUGCAGGAGAAGAACAAGAUGACAAUGAUAAUAGUGCAUUAAAAAUUGUAACUUGUUCGGUGAUUUAUCCGAUAGUUGUUAGAUAAUCCUCUGAGAUUUCUUCUCCCUGACCUUCCAAUAUCUAUGAAGAUUCGAGAUGGGAAUCCCUGCAUAGCGGGGUUGUGUUACUCUUAGAGCGAUUUGUGCUGUGGUUGUAUAAGAGGCGGGGUAUUGGGCGAUGCAUCAGGUUUUUGGUUAGUAGUUGCAACUAGGGUCCAUUUUUAACUCAAUUGUGAUACUACCCGCUUCGUACAAGGGCAUUUGAUGUCAGUUAUAUCUCUAUUUGCUGGCAUAGAGUGAAUGUUCUGUGAGUGUUAGGAGGUUGUAGUUUCUAAUAAUAUGAUCUAAUAAUCUCAGCUGUCUAUCUAAAGACCUUCAUAAUUAUAUCAGUUAGCCAUUGGGUUGGUUGAGGUUGAUGCGUAGGAAAAGUUUACUUCUGCCAGAAACAGUGGUACGUAUAAUACGUUUGAUGAACUGUAUGUGUUCGCUGAUGAAAAAACCGUAGACUCAAUCAUGUUGCUUGGAUCAGAUAUUCCAACUCAUAUUGUAUGAAGAUUAUAAGGAUGCAUUGGGCAGCUGACUUGUGCACGUGAUUUAAUCACUGAAUAUUUCUUGGGCGAAAAGUUCUGAUGACCCGUUGAUGCAAGAAGUAUUAUCUUUCAUUUAUUGUGAAAAGCGGAUGCCUUCUGUUUGUUAUGGAGGUUUAUGAUCACGAGUGCUGGGUUCUUGUUUUCUUUACUCCUCUAUCCAUGGCUUGAUUAGUAUCAGUCGGUAAAAUGAUUUUUAAGAGUUUACUUCAUGAAUUUUAGAGUUGGAGAGUGAAUGUUAAUGAAUGGAGUUAGUACAGUUUGUUGCAAAGAGAUUUUAUUUUUGAUGUCCUGAAGUAUGUGUUUUUGUUGGGCCAUGGUUUCGUAGUAAAUUAAUUUACGAUAAAUGUUUCCAGGUUGAAGGAAGAAUAUCAGAGCUAAAGACCACAAUAGAUAUUGGAGUUUUGCACCGAGAUAAGUUACUAAAGAAUAUUGGUUACCAAUACGAGUCGUGGAAUCAUUUGGUCAGUAUCCUCUAUUGUUUUUUUGGGGAGGGUUACGAUAUUUUAUAUAAAAUGCAUCAUUUUGAGCCAAGGAUUGUGAUAUUUUCCAGGUUAAACUAUCUGUAGUAAGAUGUCUUCUUUUCUUUUAAAUGAUUCAGGUGAAGAAGGAAAAGUCAGUCUACCACACUUUGAACAUGCUUAGCCUUGAUGUGAGCAAAAAAUGCCUUGUUGCAGAGGGGUGGAGUCCUAAAUUUGCAGCCUCUCAGGUAUGAUCUGUUAUGCACGUUUAAUUCGUGAUGACGAGUUUCCGCUCUGGUUUUCAUCAGCUGGUAGCUGGCAACCAUGUGGAUUAAGAUUGUUUUCUGUGUAACAGAUCCAGGAUGCAUUAGAACGAGCAGCCUUGGAUAGCAACUCCCAAGUUGGUUCGAUCUUCCAAGUUUUGCAGUCUAAGGAACUGCCACCUACCUAUUUUCGGACAAAUAAAUUUUCUUCGGCGUUUCAAGAGAUUGUGGAUGCAUAUGGGUGAGAUGUGGCUGCUUGAUUCUGUAAUAAUAUUAUAUAAUAGUCUCCUGCAAAUCCCUCUGUUGCACAAUUAUAGGUUCCCUUCCUUCUUUCGUUAUAUUUUGUUUGGAAUGUGAGUUGAAUUUGAGAUGUGGUUGAUGGAUGAUUUUACAGAAGAGUGUAUUGGAGCAUUUGGACAGAGAACUAGAGAAUUUAACUAAUCGUGUUGAUGCUUCUGCUUUGUGUCUUUUUGUAGCUGAUGCCAUGUUAUUGGUCAUUGCAGGGUGGCCAAGUAUCAAGAAGCAAAUCCUGCUGUAUACACUAUUGUUACAUUUCCGUUUCUGUUUGCUGUCAUGUUUGGUGAUUGGGGGCACGGCAUAUGCUUAUUGCUUGCCACAAUGUACUUUAUAAUUAGAGAGAGAAAACUCUCUAGUCAGGCAAGGAACCCGGAUCUUUUUUCCAGUUAUGAGCAUAAGUCUUUGUGAGAGAAUGAGUAUCUGCGUAUGUAGGAGACAGUUUUUCCAGAAAAGUGAAACUUAUUGCUAAAUGUUUGGUUUACCUGUUAGAUCCCGUUUUAGUUUUCAUUCCAACACUUGGAUCAGUAGUUGGCAUCAAUUUAAGGUAGUCCGGUUCUUAUUGUCACAUCUAAUUGAUGUGAUAAUGGUAGCAUGAUUUUUAGAGUAGAGGGAAAGGCGGUCUGGUUGUUGUGCUGUUCUAGUAUUUAGCAUGUUGAGGUUUUUGUUGGGGAGAUAAUCAUUUAACAAUAUACUCAAUGCGUUUAAGUUUUUGAUGUGGAUGGCAGAAUAUAUCUGUUCCUUACGAACUUGACCAACCUGAGAGUUGAAGGAUGAAGAAUUAAACGUUUUUCAGACAUUUUAAGCCGGUAUUGUAAUUAUCGCAUACAUGGUAGUGGCGUUAGAGUUGAGUCCGAAAAUGCAACUCUUUUUUCUUCAAUCGUAGAAGAUCUACUGUGUACAUCAGUAUGUCAUUAUGUGUUUGAUUAUUUUUCUUCUGCUCUUAGCCUGUUGUCUUAAAUAAUUUUAAUUUUUAGUGUGGGAGGGUGGGAGGUGGGGGCAAUGGUUAGGUGUGUGUCUUGAAUAUUUCAUUUGUGUUUUCUUCUUCGUAAGUGUAGUAGUGUAGAAGCAAUGCAAGUAUUUAUGUAGUAGUGUAUUUAUGGUGUGGUAUGAGUACGCGUUUGGCUCUUCGGAAGCUUCUACGGCUGCUGCAACAUUAACUUCAUAUGUUGAAUGUGAUUGUUCAUGCCCUUUUUCAUUUCGUUUUCCGUUUGUUUGAAAUUAGUAAAAAAAUUGUAUUCUUUUUUUUUGUUUUUGUUUAACAGAAACUGGGAGACAUCACAGAAAUGACAUUUGGUGGUCGCUAUGUAAUUAUGAUGAUGGCAUUAUUCUCAAUUUACACAGGAUUGGUAUACAAUGAAUUCUUUUCCGUUCCAUUUGAGCUUUUUGGUCAGUCAGCAUAUGCAUGCCGUGAUCCUUCUUGCAGGUACCACAGUACACGUUUUUACCCAUAAAAAUAUGUUGUGGUCAUAUUAUAGUUGUCAGCCUAUUUAAUGUUGAUUGUCCUUCCCUAGGGAUGCAUCUACAAAUGGCCUGAUCAAAGUCCGGCGUACCUAUCCAUUUGGUGUGGAUCCUGUGUGGCAUGGUAGCCGAAGUGAGCUACCAUUCCUCAACUCGCUAAAGAUGAAGAUGUCAAUUCUCCUGGGGGUGGCACAGAUGAACCUUGGCAUUUUGAUGAGCUUUUUCAAUGGGCUGUUCUUUCGAAAUGGUCUAAAUAUCUGGUACGUUAAAAUUUCAUACUACAUUUUUGUAUAAUCUUGAAGGGGGCAGAAGUAUCAUCAUUUAUAGUGUGCAACAUGACGUUAAUGUUUCUUUUGCUCUAAAUUCUAGUUGAUCGUUACCGUUGUUUGCCUUAGAAUGUCACCUGUUCAAAUAUGUAUUUUAUUUAUGUUCUUUUGUCCAUCUCUUUGGUACCGUCUAUUGGGAAAUGUUUCUUUGCCAUUUUAGGAAACGAAAAAAUGUGAAGUUGAUGUUUAUCGUUGCCAUAUUUCCUUAGAGGAAUGAAAUUAACAUUUUUUGCACCUAUGUAACCUAAGAAUUGCUAGACCAUAAAUCCCUUGAAAAAUUGUCACUGUUAUGCUGGUAUUAAACAGAAAAUAGAUCCCAUUGCGGAGGUUUCGUUUUUUGCUUUCUUCUGUGCCAAGUGGAGGAUAAAAAAAUGUAAUAGAAAGAAGUGGGGAGUGACUUGUAUACAUUGGCGACAAGUCUUUUUACCCUUUAUUACGAUUAUGAGAGUUAUGUGAGAACAUUAUUAAAGAACGCUCAGUCAACAUUCAUGCUUAUGCAUGAGCUUCUUUUCUUGUUGAUUCGGAGUGAUUUGUAUUGCAUUUAAAGCUCUCCUUGAUGAUCCAACCGUUGUUUCAUGGAGUUGAGUAGAUAUCUAAGAAUUAAACUGGCUUUCUAAUGGCUCGGUCCAGAGACAUCAAUGUCAGAACAGGCCUUCAUGAAAUCGAAUUUUUUCUAAUGGAAUGGUUGGUCAUGCAGAUUAUCACGGAUAGUUUCAUGUGUAUAAUAGUUUGUAGAGUAUGAAAUCACUAUAUAUCCCGGUAGAUGAUGAAUUACCUUUACCAACGGUUCAUGCUAUGAUAUAUUGUAACUCUGUCUAUGCACAUGAAGGAUAGAAUUUGGGUAUCACAGAUUCCCACUUUAAAAUGUGUGGGCAGCCAUGUGGAUUACUGGGUGACUGAGACUAGUUUACUCUUAGUAAUUAGUUUUAUGUGGAAAAUUGUUCAUCUUUUAUACAAAGCAUGCUGUGUACAAUUUGAUGAAGUAAGAUUGAUCCUGGGUUACGUCUUGUAGGUACCAAUUUAUUCCACAGCUGAUAUUUCUGAACAGCCUGUUUGGCUACCUCUCACUUCUCAUCAUUGUAAAAUGGUGUACUGGUUCGAAGGCGGAUCUCUAUCACGUUAUGAUAUAUAUGUUUCUGAGCCCUACUGACGAUCUUGGGGAAAACCAACUUAUCGUUGGCCAGAAAACCCUUCAGGUUUUUCUUUAGCCAUGCCUGAUAUUGUCUUCUGAUAUUAUGUGACAUUACUCAUCUGAUAAUCCUCUUGUCUUUGCAUAUCAACAGCUUGUCUUAAUUCUACUGGCCCUCAUAUCCGUGCCAUGGAUGUUAUUUCCCAAGCCCUUCCUCAUGAAGAGGCAACAUGAAGCAGUGAGUUGCUGCCUAGUUUAUCUUUCAAAUGCUCUGUCCGCUCCACUUGUCCAUAUCUUUAUGCAUCUGAAGAAAUAUUUUACAUUUUCAGAGGCAUCAAGGUCAGUCUUAUGCAUUGCUUAAUAGCUCUGAUGUGGAUUCUGCUGAGAUAGAAGCAGAUCACAGUUCCCACGGUGACGAGGAGUUUGACUUCAGUGAGGUUUUCGUCCACCAGCUCAUACAUACUAUAGAGUUCGUCCUUGAAUCAGUGUCCAAUACUGCUUCAUAUCUGCGACUGUGGGCUCUAAGGUACCCUAGAAAUCUUUACCUUUUUCUUGCUUCAUGCAGUAAUAGUUAUCCUGAAGCUGUCUCCCUUGUAAAGCUUCUUGCAUAGUGGUUUAUUUCGUCUUUAAACGCAUUCAAGGCAUUUGGUCUAAUACUCGGGAAUCAGUUCCAUGAAUGCUGCCAUUAAUCCUAAACUAAAUAAUGCUAUAAAUAUUUACCCUGUUUGUUGCAUGAAGUGAUGAGUAUCCUCCAGCUGUUUCCGUGGGAAAAUUGCUGCAUUCUCUAUGACAGAACACUUUCUAAUGUUUUGUUCCCUCUUUAAACUCAUGCAUAAAGGUUUCCUUAUUUCUCUGGAAUUAGCUCUUGAACACUAAUAUUACUCCUAGACUUAGGGAUACUGUAAAUAUUUUACUAUUUUUUUGUUGCAUAAGGUGAUCGACUAUUUUCCACUGAAUUGUCCAUCUUAUCCUCUUCACCACAUUCAAACAAAAGCCUCAUCUGUAACCUCACCAGGGUGCUGUUCUGGGGAGCUUCUCUGUCUGUGCUUUUGAGCGCCAUAAGUCGUUAUAUUGUUGAGGUUCUCUCUGCUGACAAUUGAUUUCGUGUUUUCCCCAGCCUUGCUCAUUCAGAACUAUCGAGCGUGUUCUAUGAGAAGGUUCUUCUUCUUGCCUGGGGGUGAGAUCUCCCCAGAUCACAGUCUCUUUAAAGCUUUCAAGAAUGAUACUCACUGAAGUAAUCAUACUGAUUGAUCUAUAAUCAUACUCGUUCUUAGGUACAACAACAUCAUUAUACUCAUCAUCGGUGGCAUUGUGUUCAUCUGUGCAACGAUUGGAGUGUUGCUAGUGAUGGAGACGUUAAGUGCUUUCCUCCAUGCGCUGAGGCUUCAUUGGGUGGAGUUUCAGAACAAGUUCUAUGAGGCGGAUGGAUAUAAGUUUGCCCCAUUCUCAUUUGCAACAGUAGAAGAGGAAGAUUGA